UAACGCACUGAAACUGAAUCUGAACAACAAAAUCACGUGAACCCUUGUCACGUGACCGCCGCCUCUAUAACCGCCUUCCCACCGGACACAACAGCUGAGCUCAGACCAGCCGAGGACACGAUGAACACACUACUGACCUUCUCCAUCCCCUUGUUGUUCAGCUCCUUGGUCUGGAGUGGAUAUCUGGAAUAUAACCAAGAUGUCCUGAUACCAGAGGAUUGGACUCACGUUGGCCGGGUCAACCCCACAGAGGAACUGGAGCUGAUCUUUGCCCUGAAGCAGCAAAAUGUUAACCUACUGGAGGAAACACUCAGUCUGUUGUCGGACCCUGACUCAGCAUCAUAUGGUAAACACCUCACCCUGGAGGAAGUGUCCUCCCUCGUGCGCCCGUCUGAACUGACCCAGAAGGUGGUGCGUCACUGGCUGCAGAGCCAUGGGAUUACAAACUGCCUAACUGUUCGCACUCAGGACUUUUUACAGUGCACCAUGACUGCAGAGGCUGCAGAGACACUGCUUCCAGGCAGUAAGUUUCACCGUUACACCAGAGACGGGCAGUCUCUAUUGAGGUCUUCAGCUCCGUACUCUGUUCACGAUGACGUUCACCAGCACCUGGACUUUGUUGGAGGGCUUCAUCGCCUUCCUCCUAAAGGGCUGCAGGACUCCUCCAACAGGAAGCAAAAGUCUAAGGCAGGGGUGCACCUGGGGGUGACUCCCGCCAUAUUGAGGGCCCGUUAUAACCUGACAGCAACUGAUGUGGGAACAGCUCAAAACAACAGUCAGGCUGUAGCUCAGUUCUUGGAGCAGUACUACAGCCCUGCAGACCUGGCUGAGUUCAUGAGCAUGUAUGGCAGGAGCUUCCAGCAUCACUCUCAGGUGGACCGGGUUGUGGGCACUCAGGGAGCGGGAAAGGCUGGUCUGGAGGCCAGUCUGGACAUAGAGUACAUCAUGAGCACAGGGGCAAACAUCUCCACAUGGGUCUUCACCAAUCCAGGGCGUCACGAGUCCCAGGAGCCUUUCCUCCAGUGGAUGGUUUUGCUUAGCAACAUGUCUGACCUGCCCUGGGUUCACACCAUCAGCUAUGGAGACGAUGAAGACAGCCUGUCUACUGCAUACAUGAUGCGCAUCAACACAGAGUUUAUGAAGGCUGGCGUCAGGGGAAUCUCUUUGCUCUUUGCAUCUGGUGACAGCGGUGCCGGCUGCAGACAUUUGGGUAAAGAACAAAACUCCUUCAGGCCAAGUUUUCCUGCCUCAAGCCCAUAUGUGACUACAGUAGGAGGAACCUCAUUCAAGAACCCAUUUAAGGUCACAUAUGAAGUCACAGAUUACAUCAGUGGAGGAGGCUUCAGCAACGUCUUCAAGAUGCCUGACUACCAGGCCAGUGCAGUGGAUGCGUAUAUGAAGACCGUCGCAGCAACCCUCCCUCCUCAGUCAUAUUACAAUACCAGUGGCAGGGCCUAUCCAGACAUGGCUGCCCUGUCUGAUAAUUACUGGGUGGUCAUCAAUAGAGUGCCCGUCCCCUGGGUGUCUGGGACUUCGGCAUCAACCCCUGUGGUCGGAGGCAUGCUGUCUCUCAUCAAUGAUAAGCGGCUGCUAAAGGGCCUGCCUGUCCUGGGCUUCCUCAACCCUCGCCUCUACAAACUCAAAGGACAGGCCCUAUUUGAUGUGACUGAAGGCUGUCACCUGGGCUGUCUGGACGAGCAGGUUCAGGGUAAAGGUUUCUGUGCUGCACCAUCGUGGGACCCCGUUACAGGCUGGGGGACGCCAAACUACCCCGCACUGCUGGCUGCACUGCUGGCUAAGUGAAAGUAGCAGUGUCUGCCCUGAGAGCAAGUACUUUACACACAUCCAAACUCUUGACCAAAGGCAGGUUGGUGAAAUGGAGGGAAAACUGCCUACAGUUUAGAUGUAUGCCUCUUUAUUCAGUUCAUUUGAUGUUGAAAGGCUGUGUUCAGUCCAGUCUUCAGGAAUGGUUUCUAUCUGCCGUCAACCCAUCCAUCCACUUAUGGCUAUGCUUGACUCAUUUAUCAGUGUAUUUUAAUUUCUCUAAAAAGGCUUUAAACUGUUUCCUCAAAUACUUUAAGGUCAGGGAGUGUGGUGGUUUUUAUUUUUGAUGCUCUUUUAAAACUACAGGUAGAUUCAUGCCACUAGAUACACAGCAAAAGACAGUGUGGGUAAAGUGGUUGCUAUGCAUAAAGAACAUAAACAUACUAAAUAUACACACCAAUCACUUCUUAGAUGUACAAAUAGGCCUGUUUGAAUUCUUACAUCACUAAUGUCUAUUAUGUUAGAUGUCAAUCAAAAAUACCAGAUGCAAUAAUUUCACCACAUCAAAAGCAAUUCAGCAUGUAGUCUGAUACAGGUUUGGUUUGUAGUAUGACUGAGAUGUCUGUUUGCCAUACUAAUCUUCAGGGAUGAGCUAGGUGUUGCAUGCAAUUUCAAAAAUGUUGCUCAUGUCUUUGUAAUAAUACAGGGACAUACAGUAUGUGGUGUUAAGAUUUACAGACCUUGAUUUUACUCUGGUUUGUUCCCGUUUGCUCUGCGGCUAUGAAAUGCACUAAUGUGGGUUCAAAGUGAUUCAGCAAUUCUACCCACCAGCAUUGUUGCACUUGGUUGAAGGAUAUUUAAAAAAAAACAUGUAAAUCUUCAAAUCAGAUGUGAGAGAGGCUGCGUUGUCUUUGACUUUAUUAAAGCUGGAUUUUUGCUAUGAAGUGUCAGUUGGUUGUUCAAGAGUGUGAACGCUGUAGAGAAUGUACCAAAUGCUUAGAGUGAUGUGUUGUACAAAAUGUAAUGCUAAAUCAACUGCCAAACACUUCCUCGUUCCCACUUCUAAAUUGUUUUUGGAUUUCAGCAAUUGACCUGUUUUCACCAUCAACAUAAUUGUCAGAUUAAUUAAGUUAUUAAAUAAUUGAGUUGCUGCCCUAAAUUGAUAUUGCUAUUUUUACUUGACUGUAAAACCUUGUUACAGUUGAUCGCAGCUGGCAACGUGACAUUCGAUGAAACCUUUGAUUUUUCGCUGCAAAUUGUGACACUCCCUCUUGUUUGUUUUCUCUUUGGGUCUCAUAUCAGACACAAUGAGCAGUGUGUUCAAAUCAUUGUCACAGAAUUUAUCAGCUGUAAGGUGUCUUUGAAGCAGCUUAAUUUAAGUUUGAAGACAUGAUACAACUGUCAAAUAUGUAUAUGCACUGAAAAAUAAAAGAAACAGAAUUUGUUUCA